AUGGCUUUGCUCGUCAUCGCUGCAGUAUUUAUACUCCAUGUAUUCAUCUACUAUCUGUACAAGGAAUACAUUGUGCUGCGAUACAAAUAUCCUCCGGGGCCGCUGCCAUUGCCGCUUGUGGGGAAUUUCUUGCAGGUAGUAGACAGAACGAAAGCAUGUUGA